GAGGAGAAAGACAUUUUGGUCGUCAAUAGACGAGCCAUUUCUGCACUUGCUUGGGGAAAGAGAGCACAUCUCCCUUGCCGAAACUUAUCGCUGGCUGGAACGCUGGGACUGCACUAGGGAACCUGUUGGACCUGCCUGUUGCUGCUCGAUUUCUAAAAAAUAAGCUACAACCACAGGACGAUUCUCAUUUCCCAUAAUUUUUCCUUUCGACCAAGAUAAAGGGACCAUGACAAUGGCAACGCCAGACCAAGGCAUGCUGGAGACUGCAAGUACAUCAACCGUCAGCAAGGAUUACUCCAGGUUGGACGUGGAUGCAAUUCUAAAGGGGGUGGAAGUGGUGGAAGGGUUGCAGGAUGGCUUACCAAACCAGGACGGUGGUGAUGGUACCACCGUCAUGGACGUUUCAACGAAAAAAAUGGAAGAAGUAUCCAACAAGCUCCGCGAACUAAUGGACGAAUCGGCCCCUGAUAGCAGCUACCAGGCUCCUGAUUUGGCGGCAGCCAACCUCAAAGCAAUGGAAAAGAUUUCUAUUCGGGGCUCUCAUGAAUCUUUGGUGGACAAGUUGUAUCAAAAGGCUGCACAAAAGCAGCGACAGCCCGAUCGCAUCAAGCCCGUUGCUCCUGCAAACACUGGCGAGAAAAAGCUCCGCCCGGUCAAAAGUUUCGGGAAUAUGCCAGUUGUUCCUGCUCCCAGCAAGAACUCCCGACGACAAACGGCUCUUCCCAACCGAGGAGCUUUGCGAAGAACCAGCAGUCUCAGUGGUCUCGCAUUGAAGGCAGCGGUUGGUGGUCUCGACGCUCUCAAGGAGGAAGAGAAGAGAAGCAAAGCCCGGAAAAUGAGGGAUCCUCUCAGUACAUCUCUUCAUCAUGGGAAGGCCAGCAGCAGCAGUCUUGUCAGCAGUUCAAGAACCCACAAAAGCGAAAAGUCUGCAGGAUCCAGCAAGAGCAAACGAAUUAUCAGAAAAACUGCAAGCUUACCCGAGGAGGCUUCUGCUCCCGAUGUUCCUCGUAGUCAAAGUCCUCGUCGAAACACAGUUGUUUCCUUAUCGCCUACCAGAAAAGUUCGCCGAAGCAGCAGUUUGGACCCCAAGAAAAUGAAGGAAGCCACGGGACGAAAAAGAGAAUCUAAGGAUUCGCUAAAAAGUUCUCGCCACGAAAAGUCCAGGGACAAAAAAAUCGUGCGCAAAACCAGUAAAGGUAGUGACAGUGACAACAGUGGAGAGAAGAAGACUAUCAAAGCAACCAAGCGCUCACCUCGCAAGACCCAAAGUGGCGAUGACGGCUUAACUCGUAAAGACGUAUCUCGUAGGCGGCCUGACCGAGUCAAGCCCCUUCGUCGUGCAAGCAGUAUGGAUGGUGAUAUGAUGACAAAGGCUCUGGCGAGCGCAGACGAAGACGAGGACAGAAAGUCAAAGGCUUUGGCAAACGCAGAAAUCUUUCAAAAGUCCACGAGCGCAAUCGUGUCUCGAAUGCACAAGAGACGAGACAACAAGACGGACUCUCAGCGGGGUCGUCGCACAAAUCGUAGGGGUCACAAGAGCGAUGAUGUGGAGGAGGCGUUGCCCUCCAUUCGCAAGAACUCCAGUGAUCCGUCCUUGUUAACAAAGGCUUCGGCGCCUCGGGCGAGGUCUCCCCGUCGUGCCACCAUUCAAGCCCGCAACAUUGGUGUCGGCAAUACUAACGAUGACAAUGACGACGAAGAAGAAAUGCUGCCAAAGCGUAUCAGUGACCCUUCAUUAAUUUCCCGAGUGCAACGCACACGCUCUCCCCGCCGAGCCACAAUGGCUGGGGGAGCUGGGAAUAGAGGGGCAGCUGGCAAAAAUCGUCGCAUGGCGCAGGGUGUCUUGGCCUCGAUCAAUGGUAUUCCUCCAAAGAAGACAGAUACUGAUGGGACAGAUGAUGAUGACGACAACGAACCCAAGCGUGUAUCCAAUGGUCACAUUCGUCACCGUCGACGUCGCCAUGGCAGCAAUCCUAGUCUCUCUUCAUCGAACCACAAACGAGAAACAAACCAACACACAGACGACGAAGAUGCACCCGAAGACCCACGCAGACGUAUUUCGUCGGGAAGAUUGAGGGCGUCCAAAAAUGGAGCCAGCGGAGUUCGCGAUCGUCGCCGUUCGACAUCACACAGUCCUAUGGGAGGUCGUCGUUCGGCGGAAACUAUGCGGCAAGCGUCCAUGCGGCACAUGCUAGUCACGAACGGUGACUCAGGCUCCGAUGAGGAAGCCGCUGCUGCUGAGGAUAAAGGAAUUUCUGCCCGCGUGAAAAAUGUUCUUGGAGAGGCAUUGACAGUGCCUACGGUUGAACCGUUGCCUCCAUCGGUUGUUGCUGCCUUCACUAAAAAACACCAAUCCUCGCGGACAGGUACAGGCAGUGGACGCCACAGCGCCGCUGCCCUCAAAGAACGUAUCAAGAAAUCCAUGGAGGAGAAGGAAGGGGAGACAGCCAACAAUGGCCCUGCUGAAAGGAACGAAUCGGUAUCUCACCGAAGCAGCAGUACUCUAUCUACAUCUAUGGAGGGGUCGAAACGCAGCAACCGCCAAAGUACUGUCGUGGUUCCUUUUGGCCAGCAGGUUCCCAAAGAUGCCAUAAAGACAAAGGAAGUGAAAAAGAGGAAUGCUUCGUUUUUGGCUAUGCCCUAUCAGACUGGGUUCUCGGACCUUUACGACGACGAUGAGUCUGUUCGCAAUAUUGAGCCGAACAAGAAGAAUUGAGUAUCCAAUGAAUUUUAAAAUCAAAACCUAGUUCAUAAUCCACAUUGCUUAACAGCUAGUUCAUGUUUCACAAUUUC